AUCGGCGCUGCCACAAGCACUCGCAUCGAGCACUGGCUUGCGGACGAGCUCGUCAGCAACGUGGCGCGUAGCCAGGAUCUUCCCUUCGUCGAGGUAAUGACCGACUGGGACACCAACUCGUGGCUACGCGCCAGCACCGGCUUUCGUCGUCGCCCCCACCUACUCGCUUCGCUGCCCACCCUAAGUGCACGCACCGCCCUGGGACGCUACUACGGACUGGCGCCGCACGAUCUGGUGCGCUGUUGGUACCCCAUCUGCGGUCCUCUCCACUCUUUCAGCCGCUACAGCGUCGUAACGUACGAGCUCUCCGACGAGUAUCUUUUGCCCGCUCAUUCGCUUCAGCUGUUCACUUCUUCCGGUUCAGUUGGACGAUCGUUUCACGCGCUCUUCAACUCACCACUCGUCUCAUGCAGGAGGGUGGUUGUUUGA